CUUUCGCGAGUUUGUGCUCACACAAUGACCAUGUAGAGAGAGAGAGAGGAGGAAACGCCAACAGCUCCAGACCUCACCACCCAGUUUCUCAGGGCGCAGGACGUGGCUAUAGAAAGCGUCUGCACCAAGGAGGGGAGGGAGAGUGUCAAAUUACUACUCCAAGCGGCAGAUUCUGAAUAGCACCGAACAGGGUCAGAAACGCAGGAGAGAGUCGCUUUAUUACUGGAAAGUAGCUCGCUGCUGCAGCUGGUCUGAACUGAGACUGAGAAGGGAGGGGGGGAAAAAGGCGCAAGUCUGUAAACUUGGGCAGGAAGUCAGAGUCGGUGGGUUAUUGAAGAAAUCUCGAAGUUCCUUCAACAUGGCUCACUCAACCCCACUGAAUGGAGUGGACGGACUCAAGGAUCCUUUGAUAGAGUUGUUUGUUAAGGCUGGGAGUGAUGGAGAAAGCAUUGGGAACUGCCCCUUCUCUCAACGGCUCUUCAUGAUCUUGUGGCUGAAGGGCGUGGUCUUCAAUGUCACAACAGUUGAUCUUAAGAGGAAACCGGCUGACUUGCAAAAUCUGGCUCCCGGAACACACCCGCCGUUUAUAACCUUCAAUGGAGAAGUAAAAACCGAUGUCAAUAAGAUUGAAGAAUUCCUUGAGGAUGUGCUGGCUCCACCAAGGUACAUGAAACUUGGAACAAAACACCCAGAAUCCAACACAGCCGGGAAUGAUAUCUUCGCAAAAUUCUCGGCUUUCAUCAAAAACUCCAAGCCAGAAGCUAAUGAAGCUCUGGAAAAAGGCCUGCUGAAAACCUUGCAGAAGUUGGAUGAGUAUUUGAACACUGCUCUUCCGGAAGAGAUCGAUGCUGACAGCAUGGAGGACGUCAAGGCCUCCAACCGCAUGUUCCUAGAUGGGGACGAGAUGACACUUGCAGACUGCAAUCUGCUCCCAAAGCUUCACAUUGUCAAGGUGGUAGCAAAGAAAUAUCGGAACUUUGACAUUCCUAAGUCCAUGACGGGAAUUUGGCGGUACCUGCGGAAUGCCUAUACCAGGGAUGAAUUCACAAACACCUGCCCCGGAGACAAAGAAAUUGAAAUUGCUUAUGCAGACGUAGCAAAGCGUCUCUGCAAGUGAUGAUUAGCAGGGCCAGCAUAUGUUACCCACUAACAGAAAAGCUUUUGUUAACAGAGAACGCUUUCCUUUUAUUGCAUGGUUUUGCAAAUUGUCAGAUAUGAUUUUAUACCUUCUAUUGGAUUAUAACUUCAGGUAUCUCAGUUUUUACUUUUUUUACACAUAUAUAUUUUAGGAAGGGCUUUCAAUGUUCUGUCAAUCAAGCAUGCAGUUGCUUAGGUGAUCAUGACCAUAUGGUAACUGAUGCCCAAGAAGGAGUUGAUUCUCUGUGUAAUGAUGUUAUAGGAAGUUGUGCCUGUAAGACCCUGCACUGUGAACGGUCAUUCUAUAAGCUAUUUUAAAAAUAGCCCAAAUGCCUCUGUUUUUCUUACAGUCAAUUUAGAUCACUUUUAAGUGUAGAUAUCAUAAAACCUAUCUUGGCCUCAAAAAUGAAAUGAUUAUAGUGCCUAACUGGUUAAGAUCACACCAGCACCUAAGUGUAACCAUCUUCAAUCAUGCGAGCAGCCUUGAAAGCCCUGGUGUAGGUAUUAUGGAAGAUAUACACAUAAAGUCACAAAAUAUUAUAAUAGCAUUCUAUGGAUGACUUUUAUUGUUAGAUCUAUAAUGUUGCAACAAUCCUCAAAUUUGUGAUUGAUUAAUAAUGAAUAAAAUAUUUCCACUCGCCCUGUUCUUAAAUUUCAUCAAUAACACCAGUAUUUUGACUUGUUAUUCUCUAGUCUGAUAGAUUUUUUGGUCAGUUAACAAAUUUACCUGGAUUCAUAUGGUUGCUGUAAGGGGCAGGAGAGCUAGAAAUGAACAAAAGUCAACACUGAGGUAAAACGUAGUUCCAAAUGGGUGUAGAGGAUGACACAAUUUAUUGUUUAUAACACAUUUUGUAAGGUUUUGUUAUGUGGAGAUAAUUAUCCUUCUAGAGAAGCCCAUGCUCAACAAAUUAAAGCAGGAUGUUUAGCUCUUUUUCCCUUACAAUUUCGAAAGGUUAUUCCGUUUGAUUGGCUGUUUGAGUGAAUAAUCCCAGCCUUAUUAGUGUAUGAAACAGCUGACGCUGUUUGCAUCCUGGAUAUUCUCAAAGGGGAUACAUAAAUCCUGAUGUUCCGUGGGCUCUGUCACUUCACAGAAUGCGUGGGUCAGCAACUUCUUGCAAGAAGCAGUCAAGCUUUUCUUUGUCAGGUUUUCUUUCUCUACAUCCACAGCAAAAUAGCAAACUGGGAGGAAUGGCAUUGUAUGUUUCGAUUGCAUGAGAUUUAUGGCUGGUAUUCAGAAUAAAGUGAGAAUGAACAUUGUCAUUAUCAGGGAUCUCAUUGCUUAAACCAGGUGUUCCCAACCUUUUUUAUGCCAUGGACCCCUACCAUUAACCAAAUGGGUCCAUAGAUGCCAGGUUGGGAAGCCCUAAGUUAAAUGCAUUAGAACCCACAGGCCACAACAGACACUCAAUAAUGAUCUUGUAAGGAGAGGCAUCAUGUGAAGUUAUCUCAGGUUGACUUGCUUUAAGGUGACUCACUUGUCAUACUUAGAUGAUAAAAACCAAGCUGUCAUUUUCUAACUCAUAACUAAGUUCCCUUUGCGCCCAGGUUUUUUUAAAGCUUUAUACGUGAACAAAAGCAACAAAAUUGCUCAAAAUGAUUUAAAUGUAAGCCAAAGUGAUUGUUGCAACAUUAUGACAUUAGCACUCUAUGAAAUGCAUUGGCAAUGGAGUCACACCAAACUAGUUUAUUUGCAAAAACUUUCAUUCCCUUGAACACUGAAGAUAGUUAUUCGUUCGCAUUUUCUGUGCACAACCAACACGUAGCAGCACAAAACUCGGUGAAUUUCGCCUACUUAAUCAACUUCAUUUGCAGAAUAAGAGGCAUAAGAAAAGCCUCAACAUGUAUUUACUUAAAUAAUCCAAUGUGCUUUAUUCUGAAGAAAUAUCUGUGCACCAUUACCAUCAUGCACUCCCCAACUGUGAGCCACCUGGGCCACCCAUUCUACCUUGAAAAAUGUCAUCACUUCUUUGGUGGUGAUGCUAACAGCAUUACUCGAACGGAUAGAGUGUUGAACAGAUAGUCGUUGACUAACAGAUAAUGUGCAGGUGAGAAAAGCCCGAAGAUCACUCUUGUGUCAUAUGCAGGGGUGAAGAAAUUUGCAUCUGUUUUAAGCCGAAUGGAUUGUUGGUGUCAAAAGGUAACAGAUUUACAGUUUUAGAAAGAUUUGCAAUGACCUGCAAAUAUUAAGGUGCAAAGUCAGAAGAGGAGCUAUUAACAUGAAAAAUGUGAUAAUGAUGGCUACACAUUUUUUGAGUUUUUCCAUUAUGUGGUAAUUUACAUUUUUAAAAAGUCAUUUAUAUUUGUUAUCUGAGUGGUGUGCACCUUCUACUCCUGUGGUUUUGUAACUCUCUGGUUCAGCUUUCUCAUGAUCCAAUAAAUGUCUCCUAAACCUUUUGUAAACAUCAAUAAUUGACUUUAAUGCAGAUGCUUUUUUUUAAAUACCUGCACAAUGUUUACAAGGGGUGCAUUUUUUUCAGUGAGCCGGCAUUAAAUUUGAUUCGUACUUUCAAUAAAUGCUCUUGUAGCAUUCACGAAGUAUUAAGCAUUUCUAGACUUAGUCUGAUAAGAGUUCUGUGCUGAUAGAAAUUCAGUGUGUAAACAUCAGCUCUGUUGUCUUGGAGAGAAGGUAGAGAACGAUACUUCCACUGGGAUUUGGUCUUUGAAAGAAUUGUAGAAGGUGAAUUAAGGAAAUCUGUGGUUGUCAGGCGUGACUUCCUUUCUUCUGAAUUGAUGGAUUAUUAUUUGUUUUAAAACAAUAUUCCAUUGCCCAUUUGCAUUUUGCCCUAAGAUACUGAGAAGUGAAUUUCAUUCUGAAACUUUAUCAAUGUUUUCAAUGUCUUCAUCAUAUUGCAAAAAAAAAAGGAUGUUUAUGCAUAGAUGUGAGUAUGUAGGCUGUUUAGUCUUAGAAUUUCCCAAAGAGCUCCAGCCAAGGCAAAGACAAUACCGGUGAAAACAUUUAUGAAAGUAAUGUCCAGUAGAUAGAAAACCAACAAUGCGUUCCACGAGAACUUCAAAAGUAUUGGGACUAUGACGGACAAAUUGAGAGGAAGCAUAGAAGUUCCACAAUAAUCCACAGAAAGUGCUGAAGGAACUGAGCAGGUUAGGCAGUAAAUGAGUUUCUCCAGCAUUUUGUCUGUGUGUUGCUCAAGAUUUCCAGCAUCUGCAGAACCUCUUGUGUUUAUGAGGUUCUACAGAAAAGCAGCACUCUUUUAGGUUUUUUAAAAAUAAGAUUUGAACUAAGCUGAAUUGAGAUUGGCAGCAGUGAGGUAAAUGGGGACUCCUUCAGAUUUAAAGGCAUGGAAACAUUUUGAACUCAAGGUUAGAAUUGAACACCAGGAACAUUACUUUAGCUCGGGGUUGCUGGUGCAAUGGUUACUUUUUUAUUACUAAUUAUUAAUGAUGAGAUGGUAAAAGCAAUCAAGUGAUUCGUCUAAUAAUGAGUAGAGAUCUCUUAGCUGGUACACGGGAUCUGGCACAAUGCAAAGAUUUUAAAAUGGUGUGCUUCAUUAAAUAAUUAAGUUUCAUAUACUCAAUAGAAAAGUCAAAAUUAAAUAUGCAGUUGCAUCUUGUAAUAUUCUGCUUUAGAAUUUCAUGGAAAAAAUCCAGAUUAAUUUCUCCAAUGUUUACAUGCCUUUGGAUUCAGUCAUCAGUUCUGCAAUUGCCUUUACUUUAGUAGCUCAUUUCUGAUGAUAAUGGCAAUGAUAUGCCAGUGGUAUGUUAUGUUAUUAAUACAAGGGACUGCAUAUUAAACCUAAAACACCUUCUUGAUAGUUAACUUGUUAAGCAAUUGCAGCAGUUUCUAAAAUGUAACUGUUUUGUUAUACAAAAGGACUAAAUACUAAAAUGCCACCAGCUUCUAUCAUUAUUGGGACCAAAGUUAAUUGGCCGUUGGCUUAAAUUUUUAAGGACUUGGAAUAGGAAUAUGUAAAAAGUAUUGAGUUGAUACGUAAAAAUACUGUAAUUUCUUUCAGAGUUAACUUCAGCACCAAGGUGGUUAAUAAGGAGCAGGGGAGAACUCAAAGGGAUUCUUCUGACCCAGUGUAUGAUAUGAACAGAAGGUGUUAUAUCUAAUUUUAUCUAUUCGAGGAAUAUUGCCAUGCACUACACUAAAGCUUUAGGCAGAUUUGUAACCUGCUUUAGUUUUUAAAUACAAUUUUAAAUGCAUGUAUUUUUAAAGUUUACAUUUAGGAUGCAUAUCACAAAAUACAAUAGCAGUAAGAAAAAGCUUUCGGAGUAAUCUGCGACAGCAUAUUCAAAGGACUCAAAUAUUAGAACAUCUUAGUCCUUCAUUUUGACAUUCUCUUUUCACUAAUGAAUGAAUAACCAUGUAACUCAUAAUUUUGUUCCUGCCUUCAGGAAAGCUGAAUGCCUAUAGUCCUACAAAAUUGUGUUCAUUUGCUUAGGAGUUGGAAGUAAACUAAAUCAGACAGAACAGUGUUUGAAACGGAUCUCUAAUGUUAUUGUAAAAAUUCUGAUCAGAAUCAGAUUGCAAUGUGUAUGCUGACAUGUUGAUUAUGGUACUGUAUUCAGUGUAAUGUGAAAAUUUAAAUUUGUGAACAAUUUCUAAAGCAUUUAUUGGAAAGGAAGUCUCAUUCAUGUCAUGGAUAUUCAUAUCCAUCUUCUGCCUUGGCUCUCCUUAAAUCUACGUAUGAAUACGAGUGAUCAGAAAGUAAUUUUGUCAUGUUCAUUUUCCUUGUAUUGCGAUCAUUUGUAGUUUUAUCUUUAGCAGUAAUUAUGCAUAUUUAAUUAGCACUCAUGUUUAUUCUGAAGGCAAUUCUUUCCUAGUAGUUAACAAAGUAAAGUUAUUAGCAUAUCACUGAUGAAGAUGCAUCGAGCCUAAGCAUUGAUGCACAAGAAUGUUUAUUACACUUUCUGUGGAUCAAAUAAACCCCUGUCAACUGCCAAGGAGUACAUACGUCUUAUUGCUCUGAAAUGAAUUUGAUGACCUCAAACUAAAUUAAGUACUUGAAGUUUCUAUUUUAAAUUUGCAAAGACAACACAUUUGAAAGGAUCGCAGCACUAAUUCAAUCAACCACCACCAAGUUUUGGUACGAGACAACCCUCACUUAAAUUGCUUCAACCAUUUAAUGGUUUCUUAUGAGAUGAGAUCUGAUGGGGAAACUGAAUUGGCAAAUGUGUCCUCUCUCAAGUCAAAGCAAGCUUGAGGCUAAGGGUUAAUGGUUCAUCAAGGAACAACUCUUUAUUGACAAAGGACCAGUCAGGUGCACUGAAAACAACAUUUCUGUAUAGUCUUUCCAAAAUCAAUUUAAUAUUAUGAAGUCAGGGUGCUGAUGACCAUUAUAUCUUCAAUACUGGUGACUUUAAACUAUUGGUUAACAAAAGAAAGAAGGUAAGAAUAUAUUUAACGAUACUUCAGAUCUGAACUUUACCAUUUAGGACAAGUCCCUUACCACUGCUGAGCAUUUUCAUUGGAGGAAAAGUUUAAUGUUAUUUUCAAAUGCUGGAUAUUACAUGUAGAUUGGGUUGUCUUUUCCUCAGGCCUACUAUGAGAAUCAGUCCCUGUUGUACAGUAUGCUUAUAUCUCCCACUGUAUGUUGAACAACUUUUGCAAAAAAAAAACCAGUAUACGGCUGGCUGCUGUUAAUAAAAUAAAAUGUAUAUUUUCACAUCCAA